UUUUUCACCACCGCCAUACUCACCGGAAAAUUGAGCCUCCCUCCCUCCCUCUUUAACGCAGCAGGGGCCUGUUGCUUAUAUUUAUUGGAUUCGCGACCUUCGAUAUAAUUAUAUAAUUUUUUAAAAAUUUCUUUUCUGUUCUGCCGUUUCAGCGAUUGAGUUCCAGGCCUCCGGGCAACUUGCAAGGCUUUUUCGUGCCUCACUCCCAACAGCCCACUACCCACGCAGGUCGCAGCCACUCCCAACAGCCAGCAGCUCCAUAUUCUCUCUUCAUCUCAGUCCAUUGCUCCACUAUCGUCCAUCUCUCCGGCACACCGUCUCCAGCAACCGGCAAGUCUGCAACAACUUGCAAGUGCUCAGGGACAUUUUUGAAUUCAUUUGAACUUUGCCCCCACUCAGAAAUUUUUUUGGAUCCACCCCUGAGAUGGGUGACUUUGAUUCUCGAAGGCUCCGAAACAUAUGCAUUCUUGCACAUGUCGAUCAUGGCAAGACCACAUUGGCAGAUCACUUGAUUGCUUCCUAUGGAGGUGGAGUACUUCAUCCGAAGCAAGCAGGCAGGCUUAGGUUUAUGGAUUUUUUGGAUGAGGAGCAGAGGCGGGCUAUAACGAUGAAGAGUUCUUCUAUUGCUCUUCAAUAUCAGGAUAACUAUAUCAACCUUAUAGACUCUCCAGGACACAUGGACUUCUGCAGUGAGGUCUCUACUGCUGCACGGCUGAGUGAUGGAGCUUUAGUAUUGGUGGAUGCUGUGGAGGGUGUUCAUAUUCAGACCCAUGCUGUUUUGCGCCAAGCAUGGAUUGAGAAACUUACUCCUUGUUUGGUCUUGAAUAAGAUUGAUAGGUUGAUUUCUGAAUUGAGAUUGAGCCCUAUGGAGGCAUAUAUCCGGUUGCAAAGGAUUGUACAUGAGGUGAAUGGGAUUGUCAGUGCAUACAAGUCUGAAAAGUAUUUGUCAGAUGUUGAUUCACUCCUAUCAGCCCAAACGGGAGAUGUGAAUGAUGAAAAUUUUGAAUUUAUAGAGGAUGAUGAAGAGGAUACUUUUCAGCCCCAGAAGGGUAAUGUAGUGUUUGUAUGUGCACUUGAUGGGUGGGGCUUUAGUAUUAGUGAUUUUGCUGAAUUUUAUGCUUCAAAACUUGGUGCAAGUUCAUCUGCAUUGCAGAAGGCAUUUUGGGGUCCUAGAUAUUUCAACUCCAAGACCAAGAUGAUUGUAGGUAAGAAGGGAGUUAGUGGAACCAAGGCUCGGCCAAUGUUUGUGCAAUUUGUGCUUGAGCCACUAUGGCAGGUUUAUCAAGCUGCAUUGGAAGCAGAUGGCGAUAAGGGGAUGCUUGAGAAAGUUAUCAAGUCAUUCAAUUUGUCCAUACCUCCUCGUGAACUUCAACAUAAGGAUCCAAAAGCAGUGCUUCAGUCAGUCAUGAGCCGCUGGCUGCCCUUAUCUGAUACAGUUUUGUCAAUGGUUGUUAAAUACAUGCCUGAUCCCAUCUCUGCUCAGUCUUUUCGAAUAUCACGCUUGCUUCCGAAGAGAGAAGACAGUGGAGGUAACUCUGAUGUUCUUGGUGACGCGGAAGUUGUAAGGAAAUCGGUGGAGGCCUGUGAUUCCAGCCCUGAUGCACCUUGCAUUGCAUUUGUGUCCAAAAUGUUUGCUGUUUCAUCAAAAAUGCUUCCUCGCGGAGAGAUUGUCGAUGAUAAUGGAAAUGGUGAUUCAGAAGAAUGUUUCCUAGCAUUUGCUAGGAUCUUUAGUGGGGUUAUUCAUUCUGGGCAGAAGAUUUUUGUUCUUUCUGCUCUUUAUGAUCCAUUAAAGCUUGAAUCAAUGCAGAAACACGUGCAGGAGGCUGAGUUGCAUGGUUUAUAUUUAAUGAUGGGUCAAGGAUUGAAACCUGUGGCUUCAGCCAAGGCAGGGAAUGUUGUUGCUAUUAGAGGCCUUGGCCAAUAUAUAUUGAAAAGUGCAACUCUUUCCUCAACAUUAAAAUGCUGGCCAUUCUCAAGUAUGGUUUUCCAGGUUUCACCCACUCUUAAGGUUGCAAUUGAACCUUCUGAUCCCGCUGAAAUGGGCGCACUUAUGAAGGGAUUGAAGCUUCUAAACCGUGCAGAUCCAUUUGUUGAGGUUACCGUUUCUGCCAGGGGAGAACAUGUGCUUUCUGCAGCAGGGGAGGUCCAUCUUCAGAGAUGCAUUAAAGAUUUGAAGGAGAGAUUUGCAAAGGUGAGUUUGGAAGUCUCUCCCCCUCUUGUCUCAUAUAGGGAGACGAUUGAAGGUGACACGUCAAAUCUUUUUGAAAAUUUCAAGCUAUUGAGUCAAAGCUCCUCCGACUUUGUUGAAAAAACAACACCAAAUGGAAGAUGUGUUGUUCGAGUGCAAGUCAUAAAGCUUCCAACUGCAUUAACUAAGUUGCUUGAUGAAAGUUCUAGUUUGCUUGGAGGUAUAAUUGGCGGUAAAUCGUUGCAGGCUUGUAAAAGCCUGGAAACCAUUAGAGGUAGCAUUGUGGAAGAUGAGAAUCCAAUUGAAGCACUGAAGGAACGCAUGAAAGAUGCUGUGGAGAGUGAUUAUUUAUCUGGGUUUGCAGGGGCAGAUACUGAUAGGAUAGAAAAAUUUCAACAAAUGUGGCAGAAGUUCACGAAGAGAAUUUGGGCUUUAGGACCUUGGCAAGUUGGUCCUAACAUUCUCCUCACACCUGAAAAAAGGGAGAAUGAUAAUGAUUCUUCAGUUCUUAUCAGAGGCUUCCCUUAUGUAUCCGAAAAGUUGGGUUUUCUCGAUAUGUCAACCAAUAGAAAUGCAUCACCUGAAUCAUCAGAUGCAGAUCAAGCUUUGCUAAGAGAAGCAGAUAAUCUUGAGAGCAGUGUAUUGUCCGGGUUUCAGUUAGCCACUGCAUCUGGCCCUUUGUGUGAUGAACCUAUGUGGGGUUUGGCGUUUGUUAUCGAGGCAUCAAUUCAUCCCUCGAACGGGCAGCCUAGUGACGCUGACUCAUCAGUUUACCAAGCGGAGCAGUAUGGCAUUUUCUCUGGACAAGUUAUGACGGCUGUCAAGGAUGCCUGCAGAGCAGCUGUGCUUCAGAAGAAACCUCGAAUUGUGGAAGCCAUGUAUUUUUGCGAGUUGAACACCUCAACGGAGUAUCUGGGCCCCAUGUAUGCCGUGCUUGCCAGAAGGCGAGCCCGAAUUAUGAAGGAAGAAAUGCAAGAAGGUUCUGCAUUGUUCACGGUGCACGCAUACGUGCCAGUAGCAGAGAGCUAUGGUUUUGCCGAUGAGUUGAGGAGAUGGACCUCUGGCGGUGCAAGCGCUUUACUCGUUCUCAGCCAUUGGGAAGCGCAUCCCGAAGAUCCUUUCUUCGUACCCAAGACCGAAGAAGAGCUAGAAGAGUUUGGAGAGGGUGCCGCUGUCCCACGCAACACCGCAAGAAAACUUAUCGAUGAUGUGAGACGGAGGAAGGGUCUUCCUGUGGAGGAAAAGGUAGUCCAACAUGCAACCAAACAAAGGACCUUGGCUCGGAAGGUGUAGAAGAAUAUAUACAACAAAAACAUGGUUUUGUAAUUGUUAGUUUCUUGUUCUUUAUUCUCUAGGGAAAGUGGAAAAAAACAAAAAUUGAAAGAAAAGAGAAACCAGAUAUAUCAAUGUUACACUUUUGUAUGUAACUCUUACUAUUAUGUAUCACAAAUCUUAUUUCUGCAACGGAUAUAGUCCUGAGAUUAUGAAGUUUAAUCCAAGUGUUUCUUGA